AUGGCAAAUUAUCUUGGAGUUACCUCAGCAGUGUCUUUCAUCUGGGUUAUGACAUUCCUGGCUCAAAAUUACUUUGUAACAGGCUCCAUUAAUUCACCUUGCAGGAUCAAGGGUAUAGGAAUUUAUCUUGAUCAGAAAGCUAAUUUCUCAGAAGCGAGUAAUGGAUGUAAUCAAUUCAAUCUACAGCUGGCAAGCAAAAAACAAGUUGAGGAGGCUCUGAAACAUGGCUUUGAAACAUGCAACUAUGGAUGGGUGAAAGAUGGAUUUGCUGUUAUUCCCCGAAUAACAUCCAACCAGAAAUGUGGUCAAGGAAAAACUGGAAUAGCAAAAUGGAAUGCUAACAGGGAUAAAAAAUUUCAUCUCUACUGCUUCAAUUCCUCAGAUGUCCAGAUUAAUUCAUGUCAACCAGACCCAACUACCACAUUUCCUUCAUCAACUGCAUCAAGGAACUUCACUGCAUAUUCAGCCUCUGAUUUGACUGAGAACAUCACAGCAGUGCCCACUGUGACUGUGACUGAGUCAGAAGAAUUCCUGAAAAAGAGAUUUCGUGUCAUAUGUGUGACUGAAACCAUCUUACCAACAGAGGGGCCCACCACACCAGUGCCAGAGGAGCAUUUGCCCACUGACUUUCCCAAGCAUACUCCCCACCUGGCUUUUAAGAAUGAUGCUGUUGUAUUUGGAGGUAUCCCCACUGCACUUCUUGUACUGGCAAUCUUCUUCUUCAUUAUUUCAGUUGUUCUAGCAGUCUGUUAUAUCAAAAAGUACAAGAAAACCUUCCCAUUUUUAAACAAGAAUCAGCAAAAAGAAACAGUUGUAACUACUGCUCUCAAAGAGACAAAAUCAAACGACCAAACACCUGAGAAGGAAACCCAGAAUAAUGGAAAUAAGGUAGAAGAGUGUAAAACUAAGCCUGAGCCCACAGUAAAAUGUCUAGAAGCAGAAGUUUAA